AUGGCAGAAGAAGAAGAACGGCGAGGAAAGGUGAGGAAAGAAGAAGAGGCCAAGGCCCUAAAAGCAGUCAAGAUGGCUGAGUACCAGGCCCAGAUGGCCAGGCCAAAUGGUACCAAGGUCUUUACAGGAGCACUGGGCAGCAAGGCAAAGACAGACCUCCAGCUCAUUGCAGCGGCACCCAGCCUGAGUGUCAAUGGCAAAAAGCAGGAGGUCCUUGAUUCAAUCAAGGACCACUUUGAAGCCCACCCAGACCUGGAAAGGAACGCCUGCUUUGCGGGUUUAUUUGGAACUCGUGCUCGAAGACAGGCUGCUGCCCCUCCUUCAGCCCCCACAACAUCGUUUUCACUCCCAUCUGGAAGCGGCAUAUCCAUGCCUGUUGUUGUAUCUAUAACAGCCCCACAAGAGUUAUCCCCCUUCGUUCUUGCCUGA